UUCCUCACUCUCUCGGUCUCUCCUACCUUCCCGCACGAAACCACCGCAAACCCCCCACCACAAAUGCUCCUCCGGGCGGCGGCCGCCGCCGCCCACCGGCUCCGCUUCAUUCCCCCGGUCCGCCGCAUAUCUUCCUUGAAGGUCCCGUGGCGCCGGGACGCGGCCCUGGACGCGUCCAUCGACCGCGACCGGCGCUUCCACCAAGCGUCCCGCCUCGUCCGCGAGGUGCUCCUCUCCCCCGGCCGCCGCCUCCUCCUUCGCUACCUUUCCAAGCGCCGCCAGCGCAUCCGCCUUCCGGUCCACGUCGCAACCUUCCUCCGCCGGUACCCCACGCUCCUCUCCGUUUCCCCUCCUCCCGACCCCGUCGCCUCCCCGUCCCCGCAGCUCGCCUCCUUCCUCGAAUUCGCAUCCCGCCUCCAGGCCACCCACUCCCCGCUCCUCGCCUCCAGGCUCGCCAAGCUCCUCAUGAUGUCCUGCACGCACGCGCUGCCGGUCGCAAAGAUUGCUGCUGCCAAGCGCGUCUUCGGCCUCCCGGACGACUUCUUGGUCUCGCUGGUCCCGAGGCACCCCGAUCUCUUCCGCCUCGUCGGAGACCCAGGGCCGGACGCGUCCGGCGACGCGUUCCUGGAGCUUGCCUCUUGGGACGACCGGCUCGCGAAGUCGGCGAUUGAAUUGAGGGCGGAUAGGGAGGCCGAUGUUGUUGGCAUACGGCCGAGGCCGAACUUUACAGUCAAAUUGCCAAAGGGGUUCUACCUCAAGAAGGAGAUGAGACAGUGGGUGAGGGAUUGGCUUGAGCUGCCAUAUGUGUCACCAUAUGCCGACACUUUCGGGCUUCACCCCGCAUCACCAGAGGCAGAGAAGAGGUUGAUUGGUGUUUUACAUGAGGUGUUGUCCUUGUCAGUUGAAAGGAGGAUGGCGAUACCAAUUAUAGGGAAGUUCUGUGAUGAGUUUAGGCUGUCGAAUGCGUUUUCUAACGCGUUCACGAGGCACCCGGGUUUAUUCUACGUUUCAUUGAAGGGUGGCAUUAAGACGGUGAUAUUGAGGGAGGCGUAUGACGAAAAUGGAGAGCUUGUGGAUAGGGACCCUAUGAUUGAGUUGAAGGAGAGGUUCGUGGCAAUCAUGGAUGAGGGCCAUAAGAAGUAUUUGGAGGAGUUGAGGAGGAGGAAUGAGAUGCUGCAGAAAGAGAGGGCAAAUGCCAUUCACAGGGGUGCCAAAGUUGACACAAAUAUUGAGGGAAGAGAUAUGGAGGGAUCAGAGGAAGACGAAGAUGAAGUAUAUGAUUAUGCACAAGUAGAAUCAGAAGAAAGAGAGCCAUUGUGAGUGGCGGUUGUGAUGUUCAUUAUACUUCUAUGAUAAUGUGACCUAAAGAACAAGUGGCAAGGAGAUUGGGUGUUUUGACAUAUUCGAAUGUGAUCAUUAGGCAGCCAGUAAGAAGAUGGCUUAGUCAGCAGAUUAACUCACCUCUGGACUGGGAGGACACUGAUGGCUUCUGUUUUGGAACCAUAGGAACAUUCUGAUCCAAGUAUAUUCUUUGUAAGCCGACAACUGAUAACUUUCCUUUUUGUUGCGCUAUAACAAGUUUUCGUCAUGCCGUGCCUUUUGGAUAAUUGGACAUGUUUAUAGUUAAAAGAUCUGAGGACUGAAUAUGUUUGUGCUCUAUAGGGCACAUAUGACACAGUACAAUGCAAAUUUUCCUUGGGAUGAAAGUGCUGUCAUGCUCCAUUAGAUGAUUACUGUUUCCUCCGAUCCAAAUUGUAGGUAUUUUAGUGUUAGCCAGAAUAACCAAGGAUGUAGGUAAAUGCCAAUGUCACCCUUCAUUUGUAUCUAUAACUCCCUUUUUCCUCCCAAAUAAAUUCAUGCUAGAGAUAUAGGUUCAACUCUUGGUGAAAUUUAUGAGGGAUUAAAUUGGAACAACAUGAGCAAAAGUGGCACUGGGAUUGUACAAAGACUUAAGUUUUGAAUCAAGCUGGAAAGGCCAAAAGGAAGGAAGUAGAUGUGUACCAUAUUCAGGUGUUAUUUUAUAGAGUAAGUAUGGCACAUUCAACAAAAUUCUAGCCCAUAGUGGAAGUUCGUGUGGUUAAACCAAAUGUGACACUAAAGGGCAGUAUAAAAUAUUGUCUUGCAAGAUAGUAAAUGACUUAUGUUCAUAGUCAGAUUGAUCAAACUCCAGACAUGAUAGUUAUGUUAAAUAUUACCAAUUGGUUUGCACACGUGACAAAUUAGAUGACAUAUAUCACACAUUUUAAUUUCUCGAGUGCGACUAUAUUUUCUGCCCUCAAAGGCUCAAGUCCAUAGACCUUUGUAGCUCCAUCUGGAUUAUGCAAGUAGCCCGAUGCUUGCACAUUACCUGAAGACAACUUGGCAGAUGUGACACUAGGGCAGUAUAAAGUAUUGUCUUGCAAGAUAGUAAAUGACUUAUGUUCAGAGUCAGAUUGAUCAAACUCUACACAUGAUAGUUUGGUUAAUAUUUCCAAUCGAUUUGCACACAUGACAAAUUAGAUGAUAUAUCACAUAUUUGAAUUUCUUGUGUGGGCCUGUAUUUUCUGCCCUCAAAGGCUCGAGACCGCAGACCUUUGUAGCUCUAUCUGGAUUAUUCAAGUAGCCCGAUGCUUGCACAUUACCUGAAGUCAACUUGGCAAAUAGCUUUGCUUGAGUCAAAACAUGCUUAUUUCAGCUUUUGAUAGACUGGCUUGGCUCCAUUUUGAUGUGCAUCUUUUAAUUGUAAACAUAAGUUUUACAAUUGGUCUCGUUUCAUAUCUUACUUCCCAGUAGAUAUCUCCUCCAAGUUUAUGCUAGGCUUGCUGGGUGCCUCAUGGGCCAUCUCUGCGAGAAGCACUUUUAGCCGUUCGAGUGUUAUGUUAACCAUCUGGACCAUACAGUUUGAGCAGGUGAGUAAGUUUUUGUUACUGUAAUAACUGAUAAGCACCUCUUCCAUCCCGGGCACUUGGGCCCCACCAUGUUCUGGCCCCGCUUUUCAGCAAGAUAGGCAGCCUUCAGCCGAUGGAAAACUCACUUCUCCCCUUGCUUUCAUGUUUGAUCUUGCCCUUCCUCUCUUCGCCGUUUGGAGCCGCAGCUGUCUCCAUCGUACUGAUGCAGCACCCCGCUCCCCUCUGCGGGCCGUUGUUACGGGCUUACGGCCAUCCCUCGCACCCCUAUCCACCUCUGCCUCCUACGUCCUCACCACCUCCUUCACCUCUCCUCGGCGGUCGUGCCAUCACCGGCCUUGCUGGACCUUCUUGCCCAGCACUUCAGAGUCCAGCUCUCCAGGAGCAGUCCCAGAUUCAGCACCCUCUCCUCCCCUGGCCAGGGAGGUUGGACGACGGGUGGUGGUGCCUGGGAAGGCGGAGGUGGUGAGGUGGGCCAGGCAUGCUGGUGAUGCUCCAAGGUGGUGUGACCGAGCUGGCGGUGCAAAUGUAUGGCUUGGCGGCUGUCGGGAACAAGCUGUACCUCACGGAUGUUUGGCGUAGUCGGAGCAUGUGCCAAGCCUCUCGCUCGAUUUGUAAGCAUUGCGUAGAGAAACGUCCUGUCCAUCACCUGUUUGCUGAAAUGCCCUCGGUGUUGGCCUCUUCGGUAGCACCCUUCAGCCCAUGGAUUAGCACUGUGCCACUGUGAGUUCUUUAUUCAUCUCUUUCUACUUUUAUCAGUUUUGGGGCCUAAUUUCCAGUUUUUCACAACAUAUUCUUUGCAUUGUCGCUACUAAGGUUACAUGACUUAAACCACUUCUUUCACUCUCUGUUGUGUCUAAGAGAACUAGAGAAGUGAUGUAGGACUACGAUAUCAGGCUAUGAGCAUGUGGAAGAAAUGGGCAAAUAGGCAAAUGGCUAGACACCAAACAGGAAAAAAGGAAAUAUAGAAGAGUUCCAAUAUUUUGUUUCCUGAUGCACCGUGUGCCAAUAUUUCAGUGCACAUUCGGUGCUUUUUCGGAUUUGAUGUGAAUGGUCAUGCUAUGUGCACCGUUAAGUUUUUUUAAUCCUGUUAAGGAUAAUGGGUUAACCAGCUUUUACUUUAGAUGUUUGACGCGUUGACUAGGAACCUUAUUUCUUUUUUCAGCAACACAAAAUAUCAUCAUUCUUCUGUAUAUUGGAUUUUAGCUUCCAAGAGAUACGUGUGCAUGUAUGCAGUAUUCUUUUUGACAUUUUCAACUACAAAAUGCGCUUGAUAGCAGAAGAUAGGACCUAAUGAAAGAGCACUCACUCAAAGUAUUUUCAGAAGCAUUCAAAUGUCUGCAAUCUGAUAAGCUUUUGGUCUGUUGAGCUAUAUGCAACACGAGUAGCAUCUUGCAGGCAGGCAAUUUUUUUUACCUCUAAAAUUACAAAGUGCAUCUGAUAGCAGAGCAUGGGACCUAAUGGAAGAACUGAGCACUCAAGUGGUUUGGUAUUAGCAUUCAUAUUUCUGCAACUAUGGUAGGCUUUUAGUCGGUUCAGUUUUCUAAUUUCAUAGCUUAUGUUGCCUCACUAGAAUAAGAUGGAAGCACUGAGCACUCAUUCAAAUUAUUUUGAUGUUACUCAUAUUUAUGUAUCACUGAUAAGCAUUUAGUGGGUUUAGUUUUAGUUUGCUAGAAUAAGAGUUUGUUUUGCCCAACAAGAUUGAAAGAGACAUGGACAAUCUCCACAUUUUUCGUCUGACAGAACAAGAUCGAAGACGGAGUAAUGACUGACAUGUUAUUCUCCGAAUUACUUCUCGCCUUCAACUUCAGAGGUUGUGCAUAAGUCCAUAUGCCAGGAAUGAGGGUUUGGGCUUCAAUACCAAAAUAUAAUUGUUUUAGGUCCCAAAACUAUUACUUCAUUGGCUUUUUACUAAUGUGCGAUGUUUACUCCGGAAGUCCGGAUUGAUGAGAUCCUAUCAGCUAUUAGAGCGAUAAACAUCCCAUUCUCUCGCUGAGUUCUGUCUACUACUAGUCGUAAAUGUACUCUGUACUCAAGGAACAUUUAUGUAUGCCAUUAAAAGGUAAGUUUGCUUGUUGCCAAUUGCCAUUGUCACUUAUGCUCUAUCUGUUGCAUUAAAAUCCAAGCUACAUCAUAUUCUUACUCUAAUAUUUCAAGUGUACUCUUAUCUGGAUUUUGGCAUGUUAUUUUCUGGUUCUGUAUAUGCGUUAUGUUACAAAUUCUUGUGGAGGAAAAGUGUGAGCUUCGCUAUUUCCAGGCAUUACAGACUCUUUAAUGUCUUGGGAGGGAAAACAAGGCGAACAAGGCUGGUAAAGUAUGAUAAUGCUUUAAUCGACAAGCAAACAGAGUUCUACAAGAUAAGGAUAAAACCCAUUAUUCAUCAGCUGAGCUUCCUGUUACGAACUUACGAUUGGUAAUUGGUUAUCCUCAGUACUCACUAAAUUAUGUUGUGGCAAUAUUUAUCUGUGACGACAUUAGAGCAUCUCCAACCAUAAACAUCAAAUUUGGCCCCAUUUGUCCACGGACAACAGCUGACCAAGCCCCAUUUGUCUGCAGGGCAACGGCACCCCGCACCCCCCCUCUGCAAAUCCAUGCAAGCCAUGCAUGUACUAGAUCGUUUGACAAUACUCCCCCCGUUUUUUUUAGUCUGCAUAUAAGAUUUGGUCAAAGUCAAACUUUGUAAAGUUUGACCAACUUUGUAGAAAAAAAUAUUAACAUCUAAAAUACUAAAGCUAUAUGGUAUGAAACUUUAUUUCAUGAUGCAUCUAACAAUACUAAUUUCAUAUUGUAAAUCUUGAUAUUUUUUUCUAAAACUUAGUCAAAGUUAACAAAGUUUGACUUUGACUAAAUCUUAUAUGCAAACUAAAAAGAAACGGAGGGAGUAAAUAUAGCACACAACAAUUCAAACAAGCCAAUGUGAUCCACGACAAAUAAAAUUUAACAAUCCAUACAUAGACUAUAAAACGAGUAAAUCAAGUGUUUUUGUUACGUGCGUGUUGCUGAACCACAUCAUCAUCAUCAUCCAUGAGGCUAGUGUCGGUCAACAUGAUACUCAACUCUUUGAUGAUCCUUGUCAGCCUCACCUUCUCUCUCAAUCUCAAUGCAGGGACUCGUAGGCCGUGUCUGCCGAGGCGUUCGUGUCCUUGGGAACCCUUCUGGGAUGCCCCCAUUGCGAAGCAGCCAUGCGGACAUCGUCGACGGCCACAGUCGAGGACGUCGCCAAAAGUAACUGUAGUUGGUUCAGUGAAUCGCCCUUACCAUCUAGUUUUUGAUAAAAGUUACAAGGUUGGAAUGUUAUAGCAGCAACAUUACGUUUAAAAUCAUUUGUUUAGAAGGUACUCAAGACUUGUAUACUCGAGGUUGGGGCGGACCGGGAAUUGUUAGAUCAUAACGUCGCACGAUCUUAAUAAGAUGCGUGCGUGUUGGCGUAGGUCGUAUCUGUUCUUGUUUUCAAAGUGAAUGAGAAAAAUUAUAUCUCA